UUGACAAUUUGUCAUAUUUUUUAAAUUCAACGUUGCAAAAAAAUUUUGAAUGUUAUAGGGGAAUGAUAAUUCCAAACAAAAAUUAUUCUUCAAAAAAUCCAAAAUCUGCUAAGUGCGGUUUCAUGCAAUGUGAAAAAGAAAAUUUCAAUAUUUCCUCAUUACCCCAAUAUGCACAUGAUUUGUCAACCAUAGGAUUGUCUGCUGGCUCUGUUCAAACAGAAAAUGAUUGUUGGUAUCCUCUAUCAAAGAUUGAAUAUGAACAAAAACAUUCAAAAAUCCUAUCUUGUACAGCAGGUCUUAAAAAUAGGGAUUUGAAAGAACAGAAGCUCAGAAGGGCCUUGAGAGAUGAAUUGAUAAUAGAUGGUUUGAAAUUCGAUGAAUUUCCACAACAAAAUUUGUAUGACUUGCAGGAUAGGGAAUAUGUUUAUGAUAUUUCUGAUGCAAAACUUUAUGAAAAUGAAUGCCAUGAUGAAAAACAGAAUAGAGAAGAAUAUCUCAACACUAUUCCAGAAGAUAUUGAAAUCAGCAAGAACAUCAAUAAAAGUCAUGGUGUUAUGAUUGUAAAUUAUCAUUUGACAAAAAAUAAUAAAUUACAAGCCUCAAAUAAAAAAGAGAGACCUCCACAUAACUUUUCCAAUAAGAAAAAUACAAAAACUAACUCCCAACCAAAUGAAGAAUUUAAAUCCUCUAAAUUACAUACUCAGGGAAAACCUGAGAAAAACAUAAAUGAUAAUGAAAGUAAUACUUUCAGUAUGAUGAAUGACGACAGCAACACCAACUCACAAAAACAUUUUCCAGAUCAUUUACAAACUUCUUAUGUCCCAGAGGAAUAUAAAACUAAUUUUAAUGAUUUCCCGGAAUCAAAUCCUCCGUUUAGUAGCAGAGAUACUUCAAAUCAACAUAACUUUGGUUGUAGUACUAGAUGUAUAGGAAUGAAAAUGUCGAUGCAAAAUGAUCAUAUUACAAGAACACAGAAUAUUUCCAUGUGUUACCCUCAUAUGUCCUAUAUGGAGCCCAAAUGUUGCAGUAUGUCUUGUCAAGGAAUUCCUUGUGGGAAACAAAGAAAUAGAAUACCCCAACCAGAGUCUAAAAUUUCCCCUGAAAUUGAAAUACCCAAUUCUUGCUGCUACAAUAAUUUAAAGUUCCAUGAUUCUAGAGGAAUGAAUUUGAAUGAAGAAUGUUGCAGAAAGGAGCUUCCCCAAACUAAUAAAUUUCAAGAUGACAUAUUGAAACUAAGACACUUGGAAUGUUGUAGAUGUAAUAAGUCACACAUUGCAGAACAUUACAAUGAAAAGUUGAAUAUACAAUCAAAUAAUCCAAAGAAAAAAAAACCUUUUACUUGUUGUAAAUCUGGAAAAGUGGAUCAGGAAGAACUCUCUAUCAACCAUAAACCUCAAGUGAGAAAAGAAGAUAUUUUGGAAUUCCCCCAUUACCAUUGUUGUCCAUCAAAUAUCACCUACAAAGAAAAACCUUUUCAAGAACAAAUUCCACCUAAUCUAAUUCUCCAUCAGAAAACUUUGAGUGAUACCCAUUUCAAAUGUAGUAAAGACUGUCCAUUUAAAUCGGGAGAAGAAAGUCAUCAAAAAAAUGCAGCACCUAAACCAAUGACAAAAACUAUUGGUUGUGAAUGUACCGAUAGAAAUCCUGAAAAUAAGAUUGAUGUUGGAAAAAAUAUCACAAUACAAAUAAUUCCAAACUACAGUCCAGCCACAUGCUCUAAACAAGACAACACGCCUCUGGAACAUCGGAAUAAUUUUUAUAACGAAGUAAGCUAUCAGCAAAUUAAGUGUCAACCAUAUCCACAAUUUAGAAGCUCACCACUUGCCUACAAUGAUCUGGAACAUUAUCCAAGAUAUGCUCGGAGAAUAAGACCUUUUCGUUGGUUUAGCUGCAAUUGGUGUCGUAGGAGACCAGAAACACCUUAUCUCAGAAACCCAAAUUUGGCUGAAACGCGAGAUUGCUGGACUACAACAUGUCAAGAUUCAUACGAAUCUAAAGCGGGCGACUGCGAAAUGGUAACACAUUGCCAAAGAGUUCUUCCUAUCAGUAACAAUUACUUCAAUAGAGAUGCGAUUCUUUUGAGGUCUUUGCAUCAACUGAAUAGAGGUCUUCUACAAGAUAUUUUCGCAACACCCUGUCCUUCUUCCUCAUCAGCUUGCCACAAAUCAUGUUUGAGCAAAUUAAAGGGGCCUCCAUAUCAGUGCUGGGCUGGCUUAAAUCCUUUAUGUUACUCAGCAAAACCUCCUACCACUAACCAAUUUUGUCAGUAUGAUACUGAUUGUAAAGAGAAAACAAGUACAUAUUGCUCUUCGAAGGACGUACUCUACGAAUGUCUAAAAUACCUGAAGAAUAGUGGGCCAAACGAGAACGAUUGUGAAUAUAUUGAUGAAGAUUGUUGCUGCUGUUGUCAAAGUUAUCAUAAUAGCUGCUGCUGUGAAAGAAGGUCGAGAUGCUGUGAAAAGGAGAUUUUCAAACCAAAACUUGAAGAAAAAACAUCUUGUUUUACCCGCUGUAGGAGUGUCGAAGCAAAGCAAUCAUUAAAAAAUUGUGGAACCAUUGUUUCGAAUACAUGUUUCAACAAAACGGAAACAGUCUGUACAAAUACAGAAAUUCGAAUAAAAACUCCUAAACCUGAAAUGAGGAGAAGACGUAUCUGUUGCAGGCGUAGAUGUUGCUGCUGCAAUCGCACAAGAAACUGCUGCUGUUGCUGUGACCGAUGUUACAACAGCGAACCCACUACAUGCUACAAAAAAAUACAAAAAACCUCGUGUUGCAACGAUGAACAUAUGAUUUACUACUGUCAGUGUGAAGCUCCACCUAUUUUAAAUAAUGUAGGUUCUAGUGAGAUAGCGAAAUCUUCAUUGCAAAAAUGCAUAAAGUUAGGAUCGGAAAUGAAAAACACUGUUUCCAAGGGAAUUGAUCAGCAGUCGUCGAAAGAAGACACAAUUGUCAAAUUUUAUGAUAAAUCAAACACUACUCAAAAAUCGACUAGUACUAUAACUACCGACAAUUCUUCAUCCCAAAUAGAAGAUGUUUUGAUAAGGAACUUAACUUUGCACUUGUGUGAUCUUGGGGAAAAACGGUUCUCAAAAUUCGGAGUAUCGCCUCAGCACUACCCUUGGAGUGAGAAGUCAUUCUUCGUAGAUAUGCCACAUGAAAUUUAUCGAUUUGUUGGAAUAGAAAAAUUUGCUAAUCCUUUGUCAGAGAAAGUACAUGAUCCUACACCUUGUUUGAAACCGGAAGUUCUACAUGAUAUAGAAUUCGUUAAAAAUCAGUUAGAGGCAAAAGAACAAAAUAAUGGAGAGGAUAAUGAAAAAGUGUUCGAGGUGAAAAAAAGAUGCCUCUCCACAAUUUGCAAAGCUUUUUUCGAUAACCAACAACAAAACGAGCCUAGCAUAAAUCAUAAUAUUUUAUUAAUUACGAAAGAAAAAUCAAACUUGAUUGAAAGCAAUUAUGCAAAAGUGAAAAAUGAGAUGGAUAACAAUGAAAAACCAAAUAAAGAAGAACCAAAUAAUCCAAGAAAUGAUGUUGAAGAAAAGAAAACGAUUAAAGAAACACAAAAAUGUACAGACAUCAAGAUUCUGUCCGAAAUUAAAAAGAAAAAUAAAACUCAUUCGAGUAAUCUCAUCAAGUCAACUUCCAAAAUAUCACAGAGUAUACCUACAGUACCUUCAAAUAUAUGCAAAAAAUCUUCAAAUAUAUCAAGGAUAUCAUCAAAUAUCUCAAAGGUAUCUUCUUCGAAUAGUAGCACAAAUUAUACUCCAAAACCUUUUACAACCAAAACUGGUUUGAUGUCAUUCAUACCAUCUUUCAGAGAAAGUUACAAAACUACUUCAACAGUGAAGAAAAACAAGAACCCGUUAACAAAGAUUGAUAUAAAAAGUAAGAUGUCGAAGACACAGUACAAAAGCAAAAAUGAGAAAAACAAAAAAAUGAAGAGUAAUAUUGAUAAAUUGAGUAAUGAAGAAAAUAUCGAGGUGAAAAGUAUUCCUCAACAAAAUGAAAAAACUACAGAAAAAAUUGAAUUGGACAAUACUAAAGAAACAUUAUCAAAAGAAACAAAAAUUCUCGGUUCUAAUGGAAAUUACGAUUCAACAGUCCCGCUACAAAGAGAAGAAGAAAAUGGAGCUGAUGAAGGAACAAAUAAACAAGAUAUCAAAAUUGAUCAUGAGCCUUUCAACGCUAAGAAAUUCAAUGAAGAAAUAAACGCUUUCUACGAAAAAUGCUUCAAAAUAUCUACAGCAUCGACAGCAAAAAAUAUGAUCCCUUUUUAUAAUACAAGCGUUUCAGAUGUUGUUAAAAGUUUAGAAUCUAGAUGUUCAAUUUAUUCUCCCCAAAUAAAUUCUCAGGAAAGGAACGAAGUUAAGCCUGAUAUCAAAUUUCCUAAUGAAGAUUGUAAAAAUAUCGUUUUCUCUAAUAAAAGUAACAGUGAAUUUUAUUCUGAAGUUUUCGAAAGAUCUUAUGAACAAAAUAAUAUGCGAAUUCCAAAUAAAAUUAUGUCUAAAACCGAUCUCAUCCACCUGAAUUAAUUGUAAUUGUGUGCUGAAUAAAUGUUUAUGAAUUA